AUGGAAGUGUCGCUGAAAAUCAAUGGAGAAGAAUUUAGAGUGGAUCCUAGAAAUUGUCCUCUGGGAAUGACUCUAAACACCUUCAUCAGGACUCGAGCAAGGCUUACGGGCACAAAAUCAAUGUGUCUUGAAGGCGGUUGUGGAGCUUGUAUUGUUGUCGCGAUGGGGCAUCAUCCAGUGACUGGGAAAGAGUGGAUCGGAUCAGUGAAUUCUUGCCUGGUGUCCGUUUUCUCGUGUCACGGAAUGGAAGUUGUGACGAUCGAAGGAAUUGGCGGGAAAGCGAGUGGUUUCCAUACGAUCCAGGCACGUCUGGCCAAGAUGAAUGGCACUCAGUGCGGAUUCUGCUCGCCCGGAAUGGUCAUGAGCAUGCUUGGCCUGAUCGAGAGCCACAAAGGACGCGUGUCGAUGGCAGAAGUCGAGAACAGCCUCGGAGGAAACAUCUGCAGAUGCACUGGAUACCGACCAAUCCUAGAUGCCUUCAAAUCCUUGGCCGAUGACUCUGAUUAUUCGGAUAUUGAAGAUCUGCCAAAAACUUGUCCCAAGACUAAGGAAAUCUGCAAUGGAGGGUGCAAGAGAUUUAGUGAGAAGAUAACUCUUGAAUUCCCAGAUGGUGGGAAAUGGUUUAAAGUCCACGACACUGGAGAGAUUUUUAAAAUCUUGAAGGCAUUUCAAAGCGAGAAGAUAAUGCUAGUUGCAGGAAAUACAGGUCAUGGUGUCUUUAGAAGAGACUCUGAAAUUUCCAUUUUCAUUGAUGUGAAGGAUGUAAAGGAACUGCGGUCUCAUGAAUACAGGAAAAGUUCUCUGGAAAUUGGCGGUUCAGUAACUCUUGCAGAAAUGACUGAAAUUCUCCAAGAAACUGCGGAAAAGUCAUCAACCUUCUUCUACUGCCAGGAAUUGGCCAAUCAUUUACAAUUAGUUGGAAGUCCUUCGAUAAAAAACAUGGCUUCUAUUGCGGGUAAUCUGAUGCUGAAACAUCAGCAUAGAGAAUUCUCUUCAGACCUCUUUCUUAUGAUCACCACUGUUGGAGGGAAAAUUGAAAUUGCUGAGAAUGAAAGCUCCAGAAGAAUUCUCACUACUCUAGAGUUCUUGAACACUGAUAUGAAGGGAAAAAUCGUGACCAAAGUGAUCUUCCCGGAACAUGAUCAUUUAUUCACCAAAAUCAAGAUGUUUAAGAUUAUGCAAAGAGCUCAAAGCACUCCUGCUCUCUUGAACGCUGGUUUUCUGACCAAGCUAUCCAAAGAUGACAUUGUUGAGUUUGCCUCAAUUUCAUUCGGAUGCAUAAACGAAUCAUUUAUUCAUGCUAAAAAUCUUGAAGGUCAUCUUGUGGGGAAGAAACUAUUCUCAAAUGAUACUCUGCAAUCAUCUUUGCAGAUUCUCGGUGAAGAACUGAAAAUUUCAGACUCUCCUCCAAGUCCGGAUCCAGAGUAUCGCAAAAUCUUGGCAAUGGCGCUAUUUUAUCGCUUUAUCUUGAGUGUCUCACCUAAAGAUAAGCUUCGAAAUGAGCACUUGAGCGGUGCAAAAGCAUCAGAAAGAGCACUUUCGAGUGGACAGCAAACAUAUAAGAAAUUCCCCGAAAACUUCCCCAUUACUGAAGAUCUCCCCAAGUGGGAGGGAAUCAGCCAGACGUCUGGACAAGCAAAGUACGCCAAUGAUCUUCCUCAUCAGCAUGGAGAACUGUGGGCAGCGUUCGUUCAGGCCAGAAGAGUUAACGCCAUCAUUAAGAAAAUUAAUCCCUCACGCGCGCUCAGCCUGCCUGGAGUUCACUCGUUCUUCUCUGCUAAAGACAUACCGGGAAUUAAUUCUUUCGCUCCAGGAAAAGCUGGUGAAGAUUUGGUGGAGGCAGAAGAGAUUCUGUGCAGUAGAAAAGUCUUGUUUAACGGACAACCAGCAGGUAUUAUCCUAGCAGAAUCCUUUGAUCUUGCUCAGAAAGCUGCAAAUUGCGUGGAGAUCGAGUAUGAAGAAACAGGUGAAAAGAUCCUGCCUACGAUCUGGGAUGUUCUUAGAGAGAAUGCAAUUGAUAAAAUACGAGAGGAUCCUAUUAAAAUUGAGGCAAAAUCCUAUGGAAGUGACACAAAAAUGACGAUAUCCGGGCACUGGGAGUCGGGAAGUCAAUAUCAUUUCACGAUGGAACCCCAGACAAGUGUCUGUAUUCCCACAGAGACCGGACUAGAAGUUCAUGCCUCGACACAAUUCAUGGAUUUAGUGCAGAUCGCUAUCUCAGAAGCUUUGAAAAUCCCCGAAAGCUCUAUCUUUAUGGUAGUUCGUCGUUUAGGCGGUGCUUUUGGCUCUAGGAUUUCCAGAGGAUCACAAAUAGCAUGUGCCGCUGCUCUGGCCAGUUAUAAAACAAAUCGUCCUGUUCGCUUGGUGCUUCCGCUGGAAGUGAACAUGGAGAUUAUCGGCAAGAGAUAUCCCUGCAUUGGAGACUACACUGUAGAUAUCAAUGCUGAGGGAAAGAUUCAGAAGCUGAAGAAUGACUAUAUGCAGGAUUUCGGGUGUUCACUGAAUGAAUCUGUGAUUUGGCUCACAACGAAGUGGUUCAGGAACUGCUACGAUGAUGAAUCCUGGGAUGUUACAGGUAGUUCUGUUAUCACGAAUGCUCCCAGCAAUACUUAUUGCAGGGCUCCAGGAAUUCUCGAGGGUGUGGCAAUGAUUGAAAACAUAAUGGAACACAUCGCUAUGAAAACAAACGUGGAUCCUGUAGAUGUACGCUUGGCUAACAUUCCUGAGGAUUCUCCGAUGAAGAAGAUCCUCCCUGACUUUGUGAGAUCAAUUGAUUAUGGAACAAGGAAGAGGCAGAUUGAAGUCUUCAAUGCAGAGAAUCGAUGGAAGAAGCGUGGCAUUUCCAUUGUACCUAUGAAAUAUCCUCAGAUGUUCAUUGGGAAUCUUCCUGCCUUGGUGAGUGUAUAUCACGGAGAUGGGACUGUCGCAAUCUCCCAUGCAGGGAUUGAGAUGGGCCAAGGAUUAAACACUAAGGCAGCUCAGGUGGUGUCUAAAAUCCUGGGAGUUCCGCUUUCGACCAUAGUCUUCCGGCCAGUGGACAAUGUUACAUCGGCAAAUGGCUCAGUGAGUGGAGCAAGCUCAACCAGUGAAGGGAUUUGCCUCUCUGUAAUGCGUGCUUGUGAAAUCAUCCUCGAGAGGAUGCGUCCUCUGCGUGAGGAGAUGCCAAACGCUUCCUGGGCAGAACUCACUCAAGAGUGUUUCAUUAGAAAUAUCGAACUCACUGCAUACUACACAGUUCAUCCUGAUGAUAUCCCAGAUUAUUUCGUGUGGGGCGUAACUUGUGCCGAAGUUGAAGUGGACGUUCUCACAGGAUGUGUUCAGUUGCGUCGUGUAGAUAUCCUGGAGGACACAGGAGAGAGUGUGAACCCUCUAGUUGAUGUGGGCCAAAUCGAAGGGUCUUUCGUCAUGGGCAUUGGAUACUGGCUUCACGAGGAGAUUGUUUACCGCGCAGAGGACGGAAAACUCCUUACAAAUCGUACCUGGAACUAUAGACCACCAGGAGCCAAGGACAUUCCAAUUGACUUCCGCGUGACUUUCCUGCAAAACCCCAAUCCUUACUUCAUCCUGAAAUCCAAAGCCACAGGCGAACCUGCCCUAUCUAUGACCUCGGUCAUUCUAUUCGCAAUCCGAGACGCACUGCGCUCAGCCAGGAGAGAUGCAGGUCUUCUUGAUGAGUGGUUCGAACUGGGUGCCCCUUCAACUCCUGCACAUAUUCUGCUGAAGGCAGGAACUAAGCCCACUGAUUUUAAUCUAUAAAUGGAAUUUGCAAAAUAAAGUGGUGUGGGUUUUUUAUGAAUCGUAUUGCUUCAAUUAUAAUAAUAUAGAGAAAAGUGAACAACUUAAUAGUUUGGUAACGCUAUGUACAAAAUUUGAUAAAAAAUAAAAAUGAGUAUUCAAC